AUAUAAAAUCCUUCCCCCCAAUUUAUUAUCUCCUUCUCUCUCUCUCACCCGCUAAUUUUCUGUUACUUUCCCAUUCAUUUUUUCCUGAGAAACAAACAAACUUUUCUUCAACGGUUAACUUUCCUUUUACAUUUCUAACGCUCACCAAAUUUGUUUCUCUUUUUUCUUACUCCAUACUCAUAGAUCUUUUUAUUAUUAGUUCGUUAAAGCUUUACAUCUUUUUGCAAUGAGUCGCUACGAUUCUAAUCCGUUUGAAGACGAAGAGGUCAAUCCAUUUGCGGAUCAAGGGAAAGCGAAAGCAAAAGGAUCAGGGCAGUCGAAUUAUGGUGGAGGCGCCUUUUAUAUGCAAAAUCCUACGAGUGUUCCUCCUGCAGCGCUUUCGCCCCUUCCUCAUGAACCGUAUGAUCGUGGUGCGACAAUUGAUAUUCCUCUUGACAAUGGAAAGGAUUUGAAAUCCAAGGAGAAGGAACUCCAAGCUAAAGAGGCAGAAUUGAAAAAGAGGGAACAGGACCUUAAGCGGAGGGAAGAUGCAAUAUCACGAGCUGGAAUCGUAAUAGAAGAGAAGAAUUGGCCGCCAUUUUUUCCCAUUAUUCAUCAUGACAUUGCAACUGAAAUACCAAUCCAUUUACAAAAGAUGCAAUAUGUCGCAUUUACAACUUUGUUGGGUUUGUUUGCGUGUCUUCUGUGGAAUAUUGUGGCAGUGACAACUGCUUGGAUUAAGGGAGAAGGCCCAACAAUCUGGUUUCUUGCUAUCAUCUACUUUAUAUCAGGGGUUCCUGGAGCAUAUGUUAUGUGGUAUCGCCCUCUGUAUCGUGCAAUGAGGACUGAUAGUGCUUUGAAAUUUGGAUGGUUUUUCUUAUCUUACCUGAUCCAUAUUGGCUUUUGUGUCUUUGCUGCUGUUGCUCCUCCAAUCAUUUUCAAGGGGAAAUCUCUUGCAGGGAUUUUGCCUGCUAUAGAUCUUCUUGGCGAUCAUGCUUUAGUUGGGAUAUUUUACUUCAUCGGAUUUGGAUGUUUCUGCAUUGAAUCCGUGCUCAGUAUCUGGGUUAUUCAGCAAGUUUACAUGUAUUUCCGAGGCAGCGGAAAAGCUGCACAGGUGAAGCGGGAAGCUGCAACGAGGACUAUGAUGGCUGCACUAUAACCACAUCUGUAAAAACACAAGCUUUUCGUCCAUGGGACUCAAAACUAUACUUCUCAUUCUUGGCUUUGUUUUAGGACUAAAACAACUUAAUGUGAUGUCUAAAUACUUGUUCUCGCCUGAAAAGUAUUUGACAAAUUAGAAAUUACUGGAUAGGAUUCAUGCUAGAGUUUUUUUUUUUAUAGUGAACGAGGCAGCAACAUGAUCAAAGCUGAUCUUUACAUGUUAUUGAGUAUAAAUGAUUUAAUCUUUGUAUUGUAUUGAUUUUUAUUUUUUUACAGAAUUUUGCUAAAUUGUUCA